AUGGCACCCAACAUUUUCCUUACUGUAGGCUACAUCGGCGGCACGGUCUACGCAUUCCUCACGCGCGCUCACCCCGAGUACGACUUCACUCUGCUCGUGCGCAGCGAGGAGAGGGGGGAGGCUGUCAAGGCCAAGUACCCCGAUGCCAAGUUGGUGUACGGAUCUCUCGAUGACGCGGAUAUCAUCGAGAAGGCGGCUUCCGAGGCGGACAUUGUCAUUCACACUGCCGACUCGUCAGACAAUGUCCCCAGCGCCAAGGCGAUAGCCAGGGGACUCGCAGCCGGCCACACGGCGUCUAACCCGGGGUACUGGAUCCACCUGUCGGGCACGGGCAUCCUGAUGUUCCACGAUGCUGCUACCAAGCGAUACGGCGAGGCGCCGCUGGCGGAUCAGACGUUUAGCGACGUGGACGGAACCAAGGCGGUGCUGUCGAUCCCGGACGAGGCCAUCCACCGCGACGUGGACAAGAUUGCGCAGGCAGCCGUGUCGGACGCGGUAAGGCUGGCCAUCGUGUCCCCGCCGUGCAUCUACGGCGAGGGAUCCGGGCCGGUCAACACGCGCAGCAUCCAGGUGCCCGACAUGGUGGCGGCGACGCUGAAGAACGGCUUCGCGCCCAUCGUCGGCAGCGGCCUAACCGAGUGGGACAACGUGCAUGUCAACGACCUGGCAGACCUGUACUUGCGGCUCGUCGAGGCGGCCCAGGACCCGGCCAAGAGGGCGGACGAGGCCGGCGUCUUCGGCCAUGAGGGGUACUUCUUCCUCGGUCCCGGGACGCACAAGUGGUCCGACGUGGCGAGGUGGGUGGCCGAAGAGGCCGCCAGUCAGGGGUACCUUCCCGAGGCCAAGACCAAGGUCAUCACGUCCGACGAGGCGAGCGAGCUUGGUGGUCCCGCAGCCAAUUCGUGGGCCCUCAACUCCAAGGGCAUCUCGCAGAGGGCCGAGAAGCUGCUCGGCUGGAAGGGCACGGGUCAGCCGUCCCUCAGGGAGGAGGUCACCGCCCUCAUCUCACGGGAGGCAAAGACCCAGGGAUUGACUCCUAAGGCGUGA